GCAUGGCAUAUAAAAGCCGAGAAGUUUCUUUCUUCUUUCUCCUGAUUCAUGCAACGGUUCUUUCUACGAAAAAUGGCUACUGAUAGCAGCAAGAAAGUUGACAAUUACUCCAUUCAUGGGAAUUCUGUAGAAGAGAUCUAUGAUAUCCCUAUGGGUGCUAUUAAUCGUCCGAUUCCAUCCAUACUCGAUAGAGAAAAGGUUGAAGGGAUGAAAAAGCAAAUGCAAGUUGAAGAAAGCAAGGAUGAUUUGACGCCUAUUGAUGUGCAUCACGUUCAGUAUAAGGGUCAAGACUAUUAUUUUGCAUUUGGGGGCUGUCAUCGUUGGGCUGCACACAAGGAACUUGGAAAGGAAAAUAUACGUGGAAAGCUUAUUAACACGCCACCAGCAAUGAUGAAGACAUACCUCGGUGCUUCAUCGCCAUUCAAAGAUGCCUAAAAGACUCAUUGCACGAUGCCAACAUUCAAAACGAUCUCUGAAGAAACAUACCUCUCUCCUCCCUUCUUUCUCCCCAAUAUUUUUAUGCUUCCACACAUCAUGUAUAUGUUGUUGCUUUAUUAUUAUAAAUUCUGUGUAUAUGUAGAAUAAAUCAAACUGAAUAAAAUGCAGUAAGUUUAGCUUGUAGAGAAUACAUCGUUUUCACCAGGGCAGUAAACUGGUCGUUCUGCGUCGUAUUCAGC